AUGCGACGCAACCAUCAGAGGACGUGGUGGCACGUAGAUGUCCUGCCACGUCUGAUACGACUGUAUAUGAAGUGGAUGCGGGAACGUUCUGCUUCAUCAGAACGAAGCGAACCCUGUCAGCACUGUGAUUGUGCCAGCCCUCACCGAGUGGAUGACGUGCUCUGCAUCUACAUGUCAUGGCUUGAGAAGCGGCAGAUAAGGCAUUGUGAAGAGCAAACACUCACUGUGCAGCUUGUCGAAUGCGGCUUGUUUCCCUGUGCCCCAGUCCGACCUGAACUUGCUGUGAGCAUGGUAAUGCUUGACUGGGCCUCUACGCUGUUCUUACACAUGGCACCGAACAUACGGGCGUGGACAACAACUGCCGAAAUUAUGCUUCAGCGUGAAGGGCAUCAUUUCGAGACUGCAAGUUCAUUUCGUCGUCGCUUUAGCAACUCCCUUGUGCACUAUCAAUUGCUCAUCAGACUCGUCGAUGCAGAGAUG